AUGCGAUGCCGUCAAGACGAACCAGACGUGAGCACAGUCAGCCUUGACAGUGAAACGGGGCAACGCCCGGGCCUGAGGGAGAAUGAGCCAGACACUUCACAUUCACGUUCUGCUGACCGUCUCAACUGGCCAGUAAGUGUUGAGCCUGAUUCGACCAAUCAGACUCAGGCAUCCACCUGUCAGCCAAUCAUGUCGCUGCAAUGGCUGAGUGGUCAUCAGUCGGCCAAUCACGAGGCGGCCUGGCUGGCUGGCAGUCGGAGGAGGCGCGAUCAAUGGAGCAAAGGGAGCGCUGUAGACACAAGCUCUAAAACCGCCCGAUCCGCCUUCAAUCAGUUCUGUGUCGCCCAUAUUCUGCAAGUCCUGGCAGAAAACCUCCGACGCCGGAGUCUGUGGUAG